AUGAAUGCAGGAGGCGCAGCUGGCGGAGGUGAUGGCAAUGGCCCAACAGGGACAGAGUACACGCUGCAGGGGGUUAUGCGCUUCCUACAGUUGGAAUGGCACAGUCACGAACGUGCGCGAAACGCCUGGGACAUCGAACGUGCCGAGAUGAAGGCCAAAAUCGCGAAGCAGGAGGGCGAGGUCCGGAGCGCGAAGAAACUGAACGACCAGCUGAAUCGGCAUGUUCAAAUGCUCGAACAAGCAUUGAAAAACGAGCGAGCCAAGUCCAAGCUGGGUGCCGCGGGCGCGAAUGCCCAAUCCGCUGCCGAUGAAAAGAAAGACAAGGCCAAGGCAGAUGCUAAGAGUGGUAUGGGACCUGUAAAGCCUCAAAAUAAGCCUCACAAUUCGUUCCUCGAUGUCGACCCGGGAUCCUCAGAACAUGCUGAGGCCGAGCGGGACAGCCUCCGCGAGAAGUCGAAGCUCUACCUCACAAAAUGCGUGGAAGAGAUAACAUAUCUGCUGACACCCCCCGCUCAGCCUGCGCCUCAGCCAGGACAUCAUGGACUGGACAGUAGCUCUGGGUUCCUCAACCACAGUCAGCCUUCGAUGGAGGAUCUGUAUCUUCAACAGCACCAGCGGAAGAUGCAGUCUCAACUACCUACGAUGCCGAACACAUCUACACCAAAUCACCAGCCACCCAGUAUUCCUACAUCUGCAGAGAUGCAUUCUUUCGCUGUGCAGCAACCGCAAUUCCAUCCCCAGGCCCCACCCAUGACCCGCGAACCGUCGAGUCAGAUACCCCUUACCUCUCAUGCGGGCAUACCAGCCGAUUUCCUGGCACAACCUCCGCAACAACAGCAACCGCAACAAAGCUUUAUCUCUGUGCCCGAAGAACAGGUGGAAAAGGUUACACACACCUUUGACAAUCAGGGUCGACCGAUAACCAGUCGGGAAGAGGGAUCAUCGGGUAUUACUCCAGUGACAGUAGAUGAUCCUGGUAACUGGAAUUUCGAAGAAGAGCCUGUCAACGAAAUACCUCAGGAGGUCACGCUACCGCGGAGACCAGAUACUGAAUCCUUUCCAAGCGCUAACAACAUUCCCGCGAAAUCACCUCCACGACACGGGAAGCGAAAAACAAGUUUAGAGCUACACCGAAGGCGGGCGAGCCAGGGAGAAGCACGGGAAGCGACCAGCCAGAGUGCACGAUCAGAUCCUCAAAACUUCAAAGUGCGAUUUGCCCUUCGUGGCCAUCUUGACGUUGUGCGGUCAGUCAUUUUCACCGGCGGUGGUAGUCCCACUGAGCCGGAGAUUUGCACUGCGGGCGACGAUGGUAUGAUCAAGAGAUGGAUCAUUCCGGCAAGCUAUGCCAACCAACAUAGCAUGAACAAUGAUCUGGACAUAUCUCCAUACUGGUCACAUCGUGGUCAUGACGGCAUUGUAACUUCUUUGGCAGCAUGUCCCUCGUCAGCCUCCUUCGCAACUGGAGGAAGAGUGUCUGGCGAUGGAUGGAUAUUUUCCGGAGGGCAAGAUGCUACCAUUCGUGUCUGGGAGAGAGGUCGCGUAGACCCGAAAGCUACUCUCGAUGGACACACAGACGCUGUCUGGACUGUGUGCGUACUACCGGCGACCUGUCACUCAGUAUUCGGCACGGACUGUAACAAUUACGGCGGUCCCGACCGCGUAUUGCUUGCAUCGGGUUCGGCAGAUGGUACUAUCAAGAUCUGGGCUGUGAGCGCACCUCCACAGCUCGUCUCGCCCCAGACAGGCUCGCGCCGUGGUGUUGGGGGAAGUCGAAGACAUUCUGUAACAUCAGGGUCGAACUACCCCUCGUCACCACAACCAAGUAUAGCAACCUCGACACCGUUCCACUACAUGCUCGUACACACCAUCGAGCGAGCUACGCAUCCUUCGCCUACAUGUAUUAGUCCUCUUUCGCCCAAUGGCGAGAAUUUCGUGGUUUCGUUCACGGACGCUUCGAUUCUAGUAUACGAUACGCGAACGGGCGAAGAGCUUAUUGGCAUGGCUAGCGCUGAAACCUAUGAUGGCACUCCGGCAACAGGUAUCACAUCCGUGGUCACGACUUCGCAAAGCAUAGAAGGCACGUCGUCACAAGAUGCCGGUCGCGGAUCUGACGAAGAGGGCGCUGUCCAUGGCCCAACUGGGUCGGGCAACACUGGAGGUGUGGAAGGCGUCAUCAUUAGUGGGCAUGAAGACCAGUUCGUCAGAUUUUAUGACGCAAAUUCUGGUCAAUGCACCUACAACAUGCUCGCCCAUCCAUCCGCCAUCUCCUCCCUCGCCAUCAGUAAAGAUGGUCGCGAAGCCGUAUCUGCCGGUCACGACGCCUCCAUACGCUUCUGGUCCCUCGACAAGCGCAUCUGCACCCAAGAAAUCACCGCACAUCGCAUUAUGCGUGGUGAGGGCGUCUGCAGUGUUGUCUGGAGCCAGGACGGCCGUUUGGUCGUGUCCGCGGGCGGCGAUGGCGUCGUCAAGGUCUUCGCUAGAUAA